AUGUUAGGUAACGACAUAAGCCUUUUGUGCACCGGCAAACUAUGGAAAUCACCGCUUUCCGAUGACGGUUUCUGUUCAUUUUCCUGGAGAUCGUCGACAACCGGUAGUAUUAUAUUGGAAGUUGAUUUCAAUCAGAACUCUGGUGCUUUGGCUGCGGGAUUGCGGGAACAAUGUAUGGUAACGACAUUUACCUUUUGUGCACCGUCAGACUAUUUAAAUCGCAAUUAUCUAACGGUUUCGGUCUAUUUUAUCGAAGAUCGUCAAAAACCAGUUGCAUAA